AUGAAGGUCCUUGCUACAGCACUCCUCUUGCUUCCGUGGGCAAUCGACGGAAAGGUCUCUCCGUAUGUUCUGGAAGAUGGAGUUGCGUAUUGGGAUGCUACCGGCAAUGAGACAAGCAAAACUUUCUGUUUGCCAUACCAAAACAACUGCGAUGUCAAAUAUACCUAUCAGCUUGACCUCAACCACUGCUUCAUAAACACAGGCGGAUUCAUCUAUCCUGACAAGGAAGGGAAAUUUGGCUGCAGAAACUGCAAAGAUGGAGCCGCAUGGGGAUCGUUUGAGUGUGACUGCGAUAUCUGGGCUUCCGGCACCAGGAAGUCUGUUGGUUUCCUAGACUCACGCGCGUCGGCUAUGUCUCCGAUCGAGUGGGGCUAUGACAAUAAAAGCCAUGCGAUGGUCCCUAAAUGUUUUGAUCAAUUCGCUACUUUGGAUGAUGUUGCGGAUGACAUGAACGGCGAUGGAAUAGUGUACUUUGGCAUUGUCCAGUAG